UGCUAUUGCGUAAUCCACGAAGCCAAGAUGGCGGAAUGGAAGACAAAAAUAUCCGUACCACAACAGAUGCUUGUACCCCUGUCUGUACCAAAUGUGCUUCUCUUAGGGCCUGGCCCGGCAAAUCCAUCGAUGAGGACUUACAAUGCAUCUGCUAUGCCACUGUUAGGGCAUCUGCACCCAGAGUUUUGUAAGAUAAUGGACGAAACAAAAGCCGGUCUUCAGUACGUGUUUCAGACUCGUAACGAAUAUACACUUGCUAUCACCGGUGCAGGGCAUGCGGCGAUGGAAGCUUCGAUCAUGAACCUUGUCGAACGAGGAGAACGCAUUCUAGUGUGUGUUAAUGGCUUGUGGGGUUCGAGAGCUCGAGAAAUUGCUGGACGGCAAGGAUGUGAUGUAAGAGUACUUGAAAAGUCACCUGGAGGAUAUCAUACGUAUGGUGAAAUUGAACAGGGUCUCAAAGAACACAACCCGUCAGUGCUGUUUCUUGUUCAUAGUGAGUCUUCCUCAGGAAUAUGUCAGCCACUGGAUGGCAUUGGAGCUUUGUGCCACAGGCAUAAUUGCUUAAUAAUUGUGGACACUGUUGCUUCCCUUGGUGGAACACCUUUCUUCACUGAUGACUGGGACCUGGACUGUGUCUAUUCAGGUUCUCAGAAGUGUCUUGGAGCACCUCCUGGAAUUGCACCAAUUACUUUCAGUCCCAGAGCCAUUGCUAAGGUAAACAGCCGGAAAACCAAAGUGGCAUCUUUUUACCUGGACAUAAAAGAACUGGGGAAUUACUGGGGUUGUGAUGGUGGGCCAAGAAGAUAUCACCACACAGGAGCAGUAAGUCUGGUUUAUGCUUUGAGAGAAAGCCUGGCACAGAUAGCUGAGGAGGGACUUGAGAAUUCAUGGAAAAGACAUCGCAAAACUAUUGAACAUCUCUGGGCUGGGAUUGAAAGGAUGGGACUAAGGAUGUUUGUUAAAGAUAAGGCUCUACGUCUUCCAACAGUCACAAGUAUUCUCAUUCCUGAAGGAUUACCAGAUUGGAAGGCUGUCCCACAAUAUCUCAUGAAAAGGCACAAGGUUGAACUUGUAGGAGGUAUUGGUCCUACAGUUGGAAAGGUAUGGCGAGUAGGAUUCAUGGGACACAACUCGCACCCGGAGAAUGUGGACAUGUUCUUGCGACUUUUCAAAGAAGCGCUAGAAGUCGUGAAAGGCCUUCCAAAGUCCCAGCUUUGACAAUAAUGCCAGUUAACUUUUGAAUUUCCCUUAAUGUAACCCAGACAUCAAGAAAGAUAUUUUAGAGAGGAAGCAAACGAGAGAUUUUAAGUUAUUUAUGAGCCUCGCCAGAGAAUGUUCACCUAGUGAAAACAUGAAAUACAUUCGUUAGAAACUGGUCUGUCCCACUUUCAA